ACGAGAGUCCUAGCUCUUCAAACUAGGUUGUGGCGUAGGACUUGAAAUCCACCCACGGAAAACAAAUCUUCAGUGAAGGAAGCAGAUGAAGCCUCGGAACGGAACCGAUCUAAAGUUGACGACCAUGGCACACGUAAAAAGGACAAUGAUUUGAGAGUAUGCACUUGGAAUGUACGCACAUUGUACAGACCAGGUGCUGCUCAACAACUAGCAGAUACCCUCAAUAAAUGUAGGGCUGACAUCACUGCUAUCCAGGAAAUGCGAUGGAUAGGACAAGGUUGCCUUAAGAAGAAGAACUGCGACAUUUACUACAGCUGCCAUCCAGAACGGCAUGAAUUUGGCUGUGGCUUCGUUGUAGGCGCCAGACUGCGGCGCCGGGUCUCUCACUUUCUGCCAAUAAACGAGAGACUUGCAACGAUCCGAAUUACUGCCAAAUUCUUCAACAUCAGCCUGAUAUGCGCGCAUGCCCCAACCGAAGAAAAGGACGAUGUCACCAAGGAUGCUUUCUAUGCGGAGCUCGACCGGGCUUAUGGCCGCUGUCCUUCCCAUGACAUUAAGAUCCUCCUUGGGGAUUUUAAUGCCAAGGUAGGGCGAGAAGACAUCUUUGGUGCCACCGUCGGGCAAUUUAGUCUACACGAGACCACCUCGAGCAAUGGUCUCAGAUUAAUAGGCUUUGCUGCAGCGCAUAAUAUGGUAGUUCGUAGUACUGGGUUUCGUCAUUUGGACAUACACAAGGCAUCAUGGCUCUCUCCUGAUCGACUGACCAGAAAUCAGAUCGAUCAUGUUGUGAUCGAUGCAAGGCAUGCAUCUAACGUACUCGACGUGCGAUCCUGUCGGGGUCCCAACAUCGACUCCGACCAUUAUCUUGUUGCAGCUAAGAUUCGCACACGGCUAUGUGUUGCGAAGGUUGCACGUCGAGGACUGUUGAGAAAGCUGGACAUCGGGAAGCUGCAAUCACAACGGACAAGGGAUGCAUUCUCCACUCAAGUCUCAGGCCUGCUGAGCCGAGCAACUCCAACACCUGAAGACAUCAGCAAUAUGUGGGCACUCAUAUCCCACUCCCUGCGAACUUCUGCAGAAGAGGUCAUCGGAUUCCAACGUGCCCCAACGAGGAAUCCAUGGUACGACCAGGAGUGUCGCGACGCAACAGCUGCAAAAGACGCCGCCUACAGAAGAACACAGCAAGCUGGGGCCACAAGGGCUGUUGUCGAGGUCUACAGGUCAAGGAGGAGAGAUGAGAAACGCCUCUUCAGACGCAAGAAGAGAGAACAGGAGAGGCGUGAGUGUGAGAGCAUUGAGAGCAGCAGAUGCCGGAAUGAAGCUCGUAACUUCUACCAGAGUGUUAAGCGUCUGACCCAAGGUUUUAAGACUGGAGGAGUUGCGUGCAAGGACGAUGACGGAAACCUAGUCACUGAUGCAGAGAUUGUGCUGAGGUUAUGGAGGGAGCACUUCUCAAGUCUAUUAGCUGGCUCUGGCUAUGAUGACUAUGGAGAGUAUGAUCCACAAACCCCAAUCUAUGGUACUGAUGUGGACGUACCGACCCCAAGCCAUGCCGAAGUCAAGGUUGCAAUCCAACGACUUAAAAACAAUAAUUCCGCAGGUGCUGACGGCCUGCCGGCUGAAUUGUUUAAGGCUGCUGGUGAUAUGUUGGUAGGGAGCAUGCACCAACUAAUCAGCAAGAUAUGGCUAACGGAGAGCAUGCCCGACGAUUGGAACCACAGCAUGAUCUGUCCUAUCCUGAAGAAGGGUGAUGCCACAUUGCGCACCAAUUACCGUGGCAUUAGUCUUCUUCCAGUCGCAUACAAGGUCCUUACGAGCGUACUAUGUGAAAACCUGAAACCCCAUGCUGAAGCACUGAUUGGACCUUAUCAGUGCGGGUUCAGGCCUGGCAAAUCCACUAUGGACCAGAUUUUCACCUUGCGCCAAAUCCUGGAGAAGUCCUACGAAAAUCAGAUCGACACAUAUCACCUCUUCGUCGAUUACAAGGCUGCAUUCGAUAGUCCCCGGCGAGAUCGCCUGUAUGCCGCCAUGUCUGAGCUUGGUAUACCAGCAAAGCUAAUACGGCUUUGCAUGAUGACAUUGAGCAACACCAUCAGCUCUGUCAGGGUAGGAAAUGACCAAUCCGAAACCUUUUAUACCAAGUGUGGUCUCAGACAAGGCGACUCUCUGUCUUGUAUGCUCUUCAACAUUCUAAUGGAGAGUAUUAUAAGGAAGGCUGGAGUGCAUCGGACGGGCACUAUUCUAACAAACAGAUGUGUUCAACUCCUUGGCUACGCUGAUGAUAUUGAUAUCAUUGGCCGAACCAAGCGUGAUGUUACAGCAGCCUUCGGGGCUAUUGAAAAAGAGUCAGCUAAAGUAGGACUGGCAGUUAACAUGGAUAAGACAAAGUUUAUGGUGUGCUCUAGCAGGGAAUCGCGGCGUCUUGAUUCCCAGCUAUCUGCAGGAAGCCAUAGCUUUGAGUUCGUGAAGGAAUUCAUUUACCUUGGAUCUGCAAUAAGUGGCACAAAUGAUGUCAGCCUGGAGAUUAAGCGGAGAAUCACACUUGCCAACAGGUGCUACUUUGGGCUCAGUAGGCACUUUAACAGUAGAGCUCUCUCUCGACCGACAAAAAUAACACUCUACAGGACGCUCAUUCUUCCAGUACUCUUAUAUGGUGCGGAGUGCUGGACAGUGGUGCAAUCCGAUGCAGCUGCUCUUGGAGUGUUCGAGAGAAAGAUUCUCCGCAAAAUCUUUGGUCCAAUCUGCGUUGGCGAUGCUUAUCGCAUCAGAUGGAACCACGAGCUGUAUGAGCUGUACGGGGAUGUUGAUAUAGUAAGCCGAGUCAAAAUUCAAAGACUCCGCUGGCUGGGUCACAUCGCCCGCAUGGAAGAAGACGCUCCGGCUCGUAAGGUAUUUGAUGCGGUAAUCGUCGGAAAACGGAGGAGAGGACGACCCCGGAUACGUUGGCAGGACCAGGUGAUGGAAGCCCUGUCUACAUCUGGUGUUACCAACUGGCGAGCGCGGGCCCAGGACAGGGAAGCGUGGAGGCAGAUUGUGCAACAGGCUGUGACCCGAUAGGGUUGUGAUGGCCAUUAAUAAUAAUAAGGAUACUGGAUUUUUCGAUCUUGGGGUCGAAUUGGUACCACUAUUGGAAAAAUUGAGGUGUUUGAUACAAUUUUCCCCGCCAUCAAAGUCUUUCAAAAAGUUUAUUUUGAUAAAACUGGAAAUGAUUUUGAAAAGAGAGACAACUUUGUUAAAAUUACUGGACAAAUGUACCCAAAAGAAAUUCAGUAGCUCAAAGAGUUGAGACGACAAACACUGGAACCCGUAGCACUGCCGGUCCGGGUUCGAGUCCCGGUAGUAAGUAGCAUGGUCACCCCCGGACCUUCCUUCCAUUUU